AUGCCACAAAAGGAGAUCGUACUUUACACACACAAUGAGUUUAUCAGACCAAUUGUUUCUGAAUGCCUGAUAAAAUAUUUUAAACUUAACAUCGAAAUUAUUGAGAUAACAAAAGACAUCGACAGAUACAUCUCAAAUUUUCCUGUGAAAACUGUUCCUGCGUUACUUAUUAAUGAUAAUUUGAAAUUGUUUGAGCAAAUAGCUGUUACUCAUUACAUUAUUAAAAUGAGUAACGAUGAUGACGAGAUACAAAAACUAUUAGGUAAAAAUGAAGAUUUUGAACAUCAAAGUCAUAUCGAUAUGAUUUGCUCCUUUUGUACCUCAGAUUUCUUGAAUGAACUGGUGAUGUACUGUCUUCAUGACUUGAAAACUAUUCCUAUCAGUGAAGUUCAGGCUGUUGCUGCCUGUGAUAAGUUGAAUUCAAUGUAUCAAAUUUUUGAAGAGAAGUUAAAAACCAAUAGGUUCUUAACAUGUGAUGAAAUUACAUUAGCAGAUCUGAUGUGUGCGAGCAGUUUCAGUCUUGGAUUUAAUUCUAUGCUGGGUCCUGAAUGGAGGGACGAACAUCCAGAAAUUGUAAGAUGGUAUGAUGUUGUGAUACAUUCUGACUAUUUGAAGGCAAGAUUUGAAAAUUUUAAGUAUUGUGAUAAGGCACAUAGAAUUAUCGAACAACCUUUGCCGUGGGAUAAUUAA